AUGCCUGCGCGAGCUUCCACGCGAUCGUCGAGGACGUCCUCGGCCAUCUCCAAGAAGACUUCAACCGCCACCCUGGGCUCCCGGGCGUCCGUCGCUUCGCACGCGUCGUCCGCCGCCGCCGUCGAGUAUGUCGAUACGCCAGGGAGCGUGCUGCGCACGCAGAUUUGCGCCGUAUUCCGCGAUGCCCAGCGGACGACAGCGACACACAGAAAAUUGGCCGUCAACCUCCGCAAGGUCCACGAGUCCUGCUGCUACGAACCGACAAACAAGACGGGGCCGUCGAGCGAGUUCGAUGAGGAGGCAUUCAACAAGGAGUUUGUCCGAUGCGUUCUGCGCAUUAUGCCUGUGAAGAAGGCCGAGAGUGUCGGAGAGAGGUCUAUUCGAUUCAUCGGCUUCUAUCUUCGCCUUGCCGGCGACAAGGACAACGAAAUCCUCGGCGACAUCGGCGCAGACACAAGCUUGAUGCCAGAGACGCCAACCACGCGGCUGACAUCGGAGCUUCUUGAGGCUGUGCUGCCGUUGAUGGCCGCCAAGGACAAGUUUGUCAGAUUCCGAUCUACUCAGCUCAUCUCGCACAUCAUCAACUCGCUCGACGCCAUCGACGACGACCUGUUCCAGAAACUCCGGCACGGGCUUCUCAAGCGCAUUCGCGACAAGGAGGCUAUGGUUCGCUCGCAAGCUGUGCUUGGCCUUGGGCGCCUUGCCGGCAACCAGUCCGAAGGUUGCACCAACUCGGACGAUAGCGAUGAUGGUCAGGCCACCGACUUGCUGGGCAAGCUUCUCGACGUGAUGCAGAAUGACCCAAGCGCCGACGUACGGAAGUCUCUUCUCGUCAACCUUCCUAUUCUUCCGAAUACGCUUCCAUACCUACUAGAACGAGCCCGAGAUCAGGACCCCGCCACUCGAAGAGCAGUCUACUCCCGAUUGCUACCCGCCCUCGGAGACUUCCGCCACUUGUCUCUUUCGAUGCGCGAGAAGCUCCUCCGGUGGGGCCUGCGCGACCGCGAUGAAAACGUGCGCAAGGCAGCGGGCAGGCUGUUCAGAGAUCGAUGGAUCGCAGACUGCGCAGGGACGUCGCAACAAGAGGAGGGCAACGCCGCGGAGCCAACACCACCCAGCUUCGAUGGCCUUCUGGAGCUUCUUGAGCGGAUUGAUGUCAUCAACUCUGGCGUCGAGAACGGUGUCGCGCUGGAAGCCAUGAAGGGCUUCUGGGAAGGGCGGCCAGACUAUCGCGAGGCUGUUACACUGGACGAUAAUUUCUGGGAAACUCUUUCCGCCGAAUCUGUCUUCAUGGCGCGGAGCUUCAACGAGUUUUGCAGGAACGAGGGUAACGGCCGGUAUGAGGCGCUGGUCGAGGAGAAGCUGCCUGAAGUCACCAAGUUGGCCUUCUACCUGGAGCGCUACAUGCACGCCCUGAUCCAAGCCCUUAAGAGGGUUGCCGAGCAGGAAGCAGAAGAGGAGGAGGAGGAGGAGGAGGAUACGGUCGAGCAAGAGUUCAUUGUCGAACAAUUGCUUCACAUUGCCCUAACGCUCGACUACUCUGACGAGGUGGGACGCCGCAAGAUGUUCACCCUGCUGCGCCAGUCGCUCUCCAUUCCGGAUCUGCCGGAUGAGGUGACCAAGCUCACGGUCGAGGUUCUGCAGUACAUUUGCGCCCCAGAUGCCGCCGGUGAGCGAGAGUUCUGCAGCAUCGUUCUCGAAUCUGUCGCAGACGUCCACGAUACCAUUGUUGACGAUCCUCCUGCCGACGAUGUCGAAGACAGCUUCCACUCCGCCCGGUCCGAGGUCAGCCGCGGCAGCACGCAGGCCGAGAAGCGUGGCAAGGGCACGGACGUGAGUGAGGAAGACGCUCGUGAGAAGGCUGUUAGGGAAAUUGUCGUCAACAUGAAGUGUCUUCACAUCGUCCAGUGCAUGCUCACGCACGUGGCCGGCAACCUCAAGGACAACGCAGACUUGGUAUCGAUGCUCAACAACCUCGUCGUCCCAGCCGUGCGCAGCCACGAGGCACCCGUUCGCGAACGGGGGCUGGUGUGCCUGGGGCUCUGCGCGCUGCUGGACCGGUCGCUCGCCGAGGAGAACCUGGGCCUGUUCAUCCACUUCUUCAGCAAGGGGCAUACUGCGCUCCAGAUCACAGCACUUCACAUUCUCACCGAUAUCUUGAAUGUGCACGGAGCCCAGCUCCUUUCUGCGACACCUGGCCUGCUCAAAGUCUACGUCAAGGCCGUCAAGGGCACCUCAAAAGCUCCCGAAGUUCAGGCGGCCGCGACGAUUGCUGCUUCAAAACUGCUCCUUGGCCGAGUUGUGAGCGAUGAAGAGGCCUGCGAGGAGCUGCUCAAGUCUCUCGUUGUUGCCUACUUCGAUCCCUCUUCCGCAUCAAACCAAACCGUCAGACAGGCAUUGAAUUACUUCCUGCCAGUGUUCUGCUACUCGAGGAGCUCCAAUCAGGACCUCAUGCGGUCCGUCGCCCUGCAGGCCUUGCAUUCUCUCCUCAACCUGCGCGAGGGCUUGGAGGACGACGACGUGGAUGUGGGAGAAGACAUGGUCAGCAUGACGGCCAUCGGAGCCUGCCUUGUUGAUUGGACAGAUCCUCGCAAAUGCUACACACCUGGAGUCCUAGCCGAUGCGGACAAGAAGAAUGUAAAUGGAGAUGUCCAUCUUGAUUUCGGACGGGACAUAAUGGAAAGGCUACGCAGCAACAUUAGCAAGGAAGAGAAGAAGGUUGCUGCCGGUCUGCUCGGCAAGCUUUACAUUUCGCCCAUCUCUUCAGACGAAAAGAUUCGGGAGCUGUACGCCGAGGUCAGCGAGGCGGUCGAGGACGGCAUCGUCUCCGAUGCCACCAGCCGCAACUCUCUUUACAAAAUCCACGUCAGCCUAGGCAAGAUUGUCAAUAGCCUCGAUGAGCAGGUGCCCGCCCAGCGGCGCACAAGCCGUAGCGUUUCGGUCCUUACGGACAGGCACCCCGCUGAGGACAAGACGGUCAUGGAGGAGUCGAGGAUCAAGGAAGAGGAGGAAGACAGCGAGGGGACCAUUGUGCCCAAGGAAGAGGACAAGGAGUCGCUUGUUGACGAGCUGCUGUCUGAUGACGAGGAUACCAAGAUUCAGGAUGUUUGA